AUGGCACACCAACUCCCCGCCGUCCCUAUCGUUACAAUGCCGCCAUGGGCGCAGGAACUCGAGAUCGCGUGGCCAGUCGCGUUCACGGUCGAUUUCGCGAAGAUGUUCCUCGGCAUCUCCGAGCUGCGCCUGCAAACAGCGGUCCGCCACGAAGACGAGUUGCCGACUCAGUACUUUGAAGAUGGGAUGCGCGCCGAAUUUGAUGACAUUAGAGGCGUACUUGUGCCGUUGUGGGCGGCACUCCGCCACAUCGUCGCUCUACCCCCCUUCCUCGCCCUCAUCGCCGACUCCCGGGGCAUCGGCGCCGCUCUGGAUCGGCUCCGCGCCGAUCCGGCCCUGAAGACCACGUGCCUCGAAUGGCAACCGGAGGCGCCGGUUGCGGACAUGGGUGGCGACGAGUGGUGGCACAACUGCCUUGUCCCCCCACCUCCCUCAUCUCCUCCUGCAAUCGCAGAGGUUUCGGCGUCCGCCCCCCCUCGAUUCCGCCGCUCCUCCCGCGUCGCCGCCGCCAUCACCGCCAGAGACGCGUCGCCCCCCCCUGCGCGAGCACCGACACCGCCCCCAUUCCUCGCGUGUUCCGCCGUCCGCGUGUUCGCUCCCCAGGCCGCAGGUUUCUACCCGUCCACCGUGCCAAACGCGAAAACCCUCCUCAAGUUCGACGCAGUGGUGAUCACUGACCCCAAAACGAAAUCGACCGUGAUGUCGGCCAAGCGACAUGCCACCAGCGCGCCGACUGACGAGCCCGUGCCGAAGAGAUCGCGCACAGGAGCCGCGACAGGGAAGGGCAAGGGAACGGGAACGGGGACGGGGACGGGGAAGGGGAAGGGGAAGGGGAAGGGUAAAGCCAGCACGGCGAAAAAGACGAAGGGUCCACCUAAGGCACGCUACCGAACGAGAUCAGGCCCCACGCCGACCGACGAUCGCGCAAACGAUCCCCGACCACCUGGCGACCCGCAUGUCUUCCCCUUGUACGAGGUGCGGCACCAGGGGCUUUGUGUGCCUUCGCGCCGACGCAAGAAGCCGUGCAGCCUCGACCAGGAGAAGCAAGCAACAAGAAAGAAGACGCAAGGACUUCCUGAACAUCAGUACAAGAAGAAGUCCACAGCGUCAUCGGCGGCGCGGACCUCGUCAGGCGGCACCAAAGUCCAGGGCAAGCGCACAGUGACCAAGGCAAAGCCCCGCCCAUAUGUCCCUGUUUCGACUGACGAUGAAGAGGAUGGGAAGGUGUGGGUGAGGGCCAGCGACGCCGACUCCGACGCCAACGAAGAAUAUCAAGGCAACGCCGACGUUCACGGCGGCAAUAACACCGUUGACGCCGUGUCCAACGCUCGGGACGACGUCGGCGCUAGGAGGCUGAUGGCAGAGGCUGACAUUGCCACUCAGAUUGCACUGGCCUAUGUCAGUUUCAUGGCAUCACUGACAUAG